GAGAGAGCGCGCUUCAGAUCAUCAGACUAAUCCAGUUCGCGACAGUGCAGUGUUUAACCCUUGAGGACGGCAGGUUACGCGCUGCGCACACGCCAUUCUAUAGUGAUUCAUCAACUGCGUGUAGGAUAUUUACUGAGAAUGAAGCAACGGUUUAAGUAGCAGUAGUUACCUCGCUAUUGUAAUGUCGAGGUUUUGUGGCUUUAAGAAACUACAGUAGGCUUGUUUAUAGUCAUUAUUACCAUUCAGGAUCUACAGCGCGAGUUGAUCGGCUUCUUUAAAUCCUGACUUGUGCAUUAUCCACCUGUAACACCAUUUAAGAUGUCACCGGGCUGAUUUUUUUGUUUAAGGUUUUCUAAGGCAGCUUAUUUACGAUUCCUAACAAUGACCAUGAGCGGUGUAAACACUGAAGCAUCUACGCCGCUCGACCUGAGGACCACAACAAGAGACAUCACAGACCGAACUACAGGACCAACCAGAACACAAGUAGAGGAUCGGACGCCAAAGAGCGAGGAAGUGGAGUGCACUUCCAGAGGAUCUCCUUCCCUUUCGCCUGCGAUUAAACCGGACAGCAAAGCAUGCAAGGACAGCCCGGCUAUCGUGCCAUCUAAGGUGAAGUGUGAGGGGCUGGCUGCCAGUGUUGCCAAGUCACCGGAGAGCUCUACCUCAAAACUUCCGAUAAGAAAACGUCCUGUCCGUCCGGAACACAAACCUCCGGAGCAGACAGAAAGCACGGCGGUAGAGCCACCGGUCAAGAUUUUAAAGACAGAUUUAAGUCCUAGUCCUGCGAUAGAGUCCAAGUGCAUCAGUGUUUGCAGGGAAUUGAACGCAGAAUCGCAGCAGUUGGUUCCUAACCCGGUUCCCGGAGCAGUACAUAGCGACUUUCAGACAUCUCCAAGCGCUCCACCAUACUGCACAUACGGUCACCAUCCCCUGCUUACAUUUCCCACCCUUAACCAAUUCGAAGAUGGUCGCCUGCGGUACGAGGUAGAUUUGGCAACACACCAGGAUGAAGAUGGAGAUACGGCUCUACACAUUGCUGUGGCACAGGAAAAAGAGCCUGUAGUUCACUGUCUGAUCCACAUUUUGUGUCAAGCACGCAAAGACCUGGACUUAUAUAAUAACCUAAGACAGACUCCUCUACACUUAGCAGUCAUUACUCAUCAGCCUAGAGUGGUGAAGGCUCUUCUUCAGGGAGGAGCAGACCCUGGAGCACUGGACCGUAAUGGACAGACAGCAUUGCAUCUUUGCUGUGAGCACCAACAGGAUGUUUGUCUACAUAUAAUACUCUCCCACCUCUCCCAAUUAUCAAGCUUCCAUUCAGCCUGCCUAAACAGCAGGAACUUUGAAGGCUUAACACCACUCCACCUAACUGUUCAGGAUGGAAAUAAAAAGUUGGCAAAAAUGUUACUGGACAGUGGAGCUGACAUCAAUGCUGUAGAUAUUAAGAGUGGUCGUAGUCCACUCAUACAUGCUGUGGAGAAGAGCUGUAUGGAGAUGAUCAACUUCCUCCUUGAGAAUGGAUGCAAUGUGAACUCCCAGUCAUACAGUGGAAACACAGCUCUCCAUAUUGCUUGUGGCCGGGGAGAGGUUGAGGCUGUCAGAGUCUUACUGAAAAAUGGAGCUGACAGCAGUCUAAAGAAUUACCACAAUGAUACUGCUGUCAUGGUGGCCAAGAACAAGAAGGUCUCUGAUGUUUUACGUGGAAAGCCUUCACGAGGUCACAAUCUGAAAACACAAACCAGCUUCAAUGGUACCCCAUCUCCAAACCACUUAAGCCUUUCCCCGCUGGCCACUCCCAAUCCCCAUCGCAGUGCAUCUCUCUCUCCAACAGCUCCACACACCUAUUCACCACAGAGUCAAUCAGGAGACAGCAGAUCAGGGAACCUGUCACCAGCGGAAAUGCAAGAAUACGAAUAUGUGCUUCCUAUAUAUCCCUUUAUCCAAGCACCCUGUUUUGACCCACAUAUACAUUUAAUGACAGGUCACUCUACUUACCAUCCCAAUUUUGUACAAAGACAACCCUAUCCCUCAGAUACAAAAUUCAUCCUUAUUCCACCCAGGAAUAUGCCUGUCUCUCUUCAGUCACUAUCCCAGUCCACUGGCAUACAGUCACGGCCCUCCAGUCAUAACAGUGAUCAAUCUGACAUAUCUAACCUUAGUACAAGCACUGGGGAAAAAACAUAAGCAGAUGGAGAAAUGUCUAUAUACUUGCACAUGUUUUUACUGAACAUUUAAUAAGGAGUCUGGAUAGAUGUGGCGGGCCCAUCUUAAAAGAUUUUUUUCAUGUAGCCUAUAAUUUAUGCUCAGAUGGAAUAUUGUCUUAAUUGCUUUGAUUUGUUAUGGUUCUAUUUUAAAACAAUCUCAUUCUAUCUGAGAUGAGAAAUAUUGUUUUAUAAAAAGUAUAUAUAUAUAUAUAUAUAUAUAUAUAUAUAUAUAUAUAUAUAUAUAUAUAUACACGCUCUGUCAAGUUAAUAGAGGUUAAAACAACUAUUAUUUAUACAUGUUUUAUACAUACAGUAAAGAUGAAAGUCUUAAAGAUGAGUAUAUCCUUCACAUUUCAACUAUUUUAGUAUCUUCUCAAGGGACUUUACUAUAGAAAUGAAACAUACAUAGAAAUGUAUUCUGCUUGGCAGGACCAUACAAAUUUGUGUAUCUUGUAUUAAAGCAGCUAAAAUGUGGUGCUUUGAGUACAAUUUUCUCACACUGACCACUGGAUGUUCGACAUGGCACCUCAUAGCAAAGAACUCUUUGAGGAUUUGGGAAUUAGAAUUGUUGCUCUCCACAAAGAGGCCUAGACUAUAAAGAAGAUCAGUAACACCCUGAGUUACAGUGCCGUGUACAGGGUCAUACAGAGGUUUUCCAAGAUGGGUUCCACUUGAAACAGGCCUCAAAAAGGUCCAUUACAUAAUUUGAGUCCUUGUGCUGUGUGUCAGAUGCAGAAGCAGGCUUUAAAAAAAAGAUGCAUGAGUGCUGCCAGCAUUGCUUUAGAGGUUGCAGAAGCAGAAAGUUACGCUUAUCGUCACUCAGACCAUAUGCCACACACUGCAAUAAGUCGUUUUGCAUGGCCAUCAUCCACGAAGCAAGCCUCUUUUUAAGCUGGCUCACAAGAAAGCCUGAAAGUUUGCUGAGGACAACCUGUCCAAAAGCAUUUUCUGGAACCAUGUCCUGUGGUCUGAUGUUGAGUUUUCAGAGGACAGUAAAUCUGUACUGCUAUACAAACUGCACAUUGACUUCUGUAAAAUAUAUCCAAGUUUUAUUUCUGUAGUAUUGUCCCUUGAAAAGAUACUAAAAUGAUUGCUGCAUGUGUGCGCAUAUAUAUAUAUAUAUAUAUAUAUAUAUAUAUAUAUAUAUAUAUAUAUAUAUAUAUAUAUAUAUAUAUAUAUGCGCACACAUACAUAUUUGGGUCAAAAAGUCUGAGACUGCAUUUUUCAUUGUUGUAAUGUUAAAAGAUUUCUGCAACAUAGUACCAUGGAAAAGUAUUUUUACCCUUCCGGAUUUAUUUUUUUAUUUUUUUGCAUAUUUGUCACAAUUAAAUUAUUCAGAUCAUUAA